AUUUUCAUUUGAUUAGAAUUUUUCCAACGUUUUACAUACGUCGAAACACUUUACAUAGCGUUGCACGAAGCGGUUAAGUGGCUUUUUCCGGACCAUACAAUACAUAUGUAUGUAGAUAAAUUGUGUGGUUUUCAACUAGAUGAGAAAAGUUUUGCCAAUUUCCCGACGUUAUGUAGUAUCUUAUCGAGUGAAAUGCAGGUUUCGGAUGUUUCCUUUUAUCGACUGUAACUCAUAGAGUCAAUCGCGAAUUUAUCGAAGACAAUGUUUACAAAACUUGGCCAUAGUUUGUAAACUGCUUCAAGUGAACCGUUCGGAAAAUGCUUAGUGAAUGCCCUGCAGGAAAGUGCCCGGAAAGUUUAGAUUAAAUUCACAGAAUCCUCCAGUGUUUUUAGAUAUUGUUGAUGUAAGUGAAAAGUAUGGAAAAAGAUGAGAAUACUAAACAGUUGCCGAUGAACGAAACUUAUGUGACACAUGCAGCAUGAUUUGUGGGUGUUUCAUAAAAGCGUCGCCUAGGUGAUAACAUCUAUCUUGUAUCUUUUGUGUUGCUUUUAGUUUUUGGUUAAUUUUUUCCAAAGAUCUUUUAAAUGAAAUGUGACAUAAUUUGUUAUUUUUGGAAGACGAGCCUUUAUGUGUGGCUGCGAGGUUGUUAGCACUUCUUAAUGAUGUGAAAAGUGCUCCGCUGUAUUCUGAAUAUUUUCCGUGAUUUUCUCUUUUUUUUUUAAAAAAAAAACGUCAAAAAUACCGGCGUGUUGUACAUUUCGAAUGGAUAAGCUAAAAUUAAUUUAAUUACCUAGAGAACAUUUAAAAUUAGUGCGAACGAAAUCCUAACCAGAUACAAAAGAACAUUCCAAUGUCCUUCGAACUGAUCAGCUCCAACACGGUCAUGUUACGUCACUAGUGAAAAUUAUAUGACGUCGUAACCUUGAUCUGAAAAUCAUUUCGUCGUAAUCUACAAGUCGGCCCGCAGCGCGCUUCAAAGAGGCCAUAAGGCCAAGGACUACGCAUCUAUAAAGACAACGCAACUGCCAAUACCGUUGAGCCAACCCUUCUCCGGCGCUAUGAAAAUACUUGCCUCACGUGUGCAAGAAAUUGAUGGAGCUAGUAACUUACCGUUACAUUCCACCCAGAAAAUAAGGAUCUAGGUCUCCAAAAAAGGAGUGGGAGAACUAUUUUCUUUACAUAUCUUCCUGCACACAACCAUCCACAUGCGUGCCUUCGCAAUAUCAAUACUCACUUCCCCUUGCCAGUUUCAAUUUCGAGCCACUGAAACAAAAGGAUCUGGAGGAAAAGAAAAAUCAUUGAGUUGAAAAUAGCGGAACCACCUUGUCCAGGAAGAGCGCCAGAAGUAGUGUUCAGGAUAAACAGGAUAACGAAAAUGCCAUAACGAAGGUAUUUUGUGUAUUAGUCGAGAAAAGGAUUUGGUUUUUCCGUUAACUUUUGAGCGGGACGAAAAUAAAGGAGAAGAAAACACCCCGACGAAGAAGUGAAACUGGAAUCUUGUAGUGAAAAGGAUUUCUGUGUAAGACAAACUGGAAGCGAAAGGACUACAGAAAAAGUUCAACGUGCAAAGUCUUGGAUUGUGAGAAUUAUUGUUUGAAAUUGGAGAAGUGGAAAGUGGGUCAGCAGCCGGUGGAGGAAUUCAUGCAAGCAUCCACCGGAAUUGACUCUUUUAGUAUUACUUAGUCGCGUAGACAUUACAAUCAGGACGGGAUGACGCUAAAGCGUUCCGUUCGGCGACGCCAAAAGCCACCGUUUGCCCAACGAGCCAAGGAUCAAUGCCGGAAGUUUACCGCGUUCAUGUUCAGCAAUGUCGGCAUUAUUAUGCUGGUGGUUAUUUACACGAUUGCCGGUUCGUUUAUGUUCAUUGCAAUCGAAGGCAAGGAGGCCAUGGUACGUACGGAAAAGUCGAAUAAGGAGAAAAACCUGCUGGCGCUCAAACUCUGGAAUAUCUCGUGCUGUGUUUCGAAUGUGUUCAAUGAGUCGUCGUAUCGCAAUUUAGUGGAUCGUGAGAUUCUUGCAUUCCAGCGAAAAAUUGUUAAACAGGCACAAAAAGGCAGUGGGUCCGGCGAGAAUCCAUGGAGUUUCCCUGGAGCGUUCCUGUACUCGUUGACGGUUAUAACGACUAUUGGAUAUGGGAAUAUAUCGCCACGAACUAGUUUAGGCAAGAUAACGACAAUACUCUAUGCAAUAAUUGGGAUGCCACUAUUCCUCCUUUACUUAUCUAACAUUGGUGACGUAAUGGCGAAAUCUUUCAAAUGGAUUUAUGCCAAAGUGUGCCUGUGCAGGAUAUGUCCAGGGGUGGCAAAACGACGACUUCUACGUGAGAGGCGAAAGACUCUGGAGAUGAUAAGACGACAGGAGCUUGAGGAUCUCAGCAGCUCAUCCGGUAUCUCGAGAAGUAGCAGUACAAAGAUUAGUGGCGAAUCAACGACAGGGACAAAUUUUACGGACGUUGAUAUCGAUGUAGAAGCAGUUAUUCAGGCUGAACCUCAUACUGUGAUUGUACCAUUAACUACAUGUGUAAUGAUUAUGAUAGGAUAUAUUUUAUGCGGAGCGACGCUGUUUAGUCGAUGGGAAGCGUGGGGUGUCCUGGACGGCAGUUAUUUCUGUUUCAUUUCACUGACUAGUAUAGGGUUUGGUGAUAUUGUUCCUGGAACGCAAGUGCUCCGAAACUCGAAAGAAAGCAUCGUCGAAGUUAGUUUUAUUCUUUGCGCGGUGUAUCUUUUGCUCGGGAUGGCUCUAAUUGCGAUGUGCUUCAACUUGAUGCAGGAACAAGUCAUACAUAAGUUGAGAUCCAUUAAGCGUAUAAUACGGCGAUGUUUCCGGUGUGACAAAUGUAGAAAGACAUCGACAACGGACAGUAGUUUUUAGAGGGCGGAACGGACGAAGAUGUUGAUAUCUCGGUAUCUCCUGGAAGGAACAGAGAAGAUCGGGAUCGUAAUGCGGUUUGAUUUUGCGGCAAGGACUAAAGUGGAAUUGUGACGAGAUACAUCCUGGAGCGAAGGGGGAGAUCUUGUUAUCAAGUUGGUGGUGCAAUUCUUAGCUCCUCGAGGUCCUGGCAGAGUACUUCACACCCAAUAUGUUCUGGUUUUGCUUAGUUUCUUGGGGAAGUUUGUUUCAGGAACUUUAACGAGCCAGCGAUUAACUUAAUUCGUGUCAACUAUUCCAAGAUACGUUCAAAGGGCGGCAAAUUGCGAUGCACCGCCAACAGUUUUGAUUAAAGUUUAAAAUCCUCUGGAAAUGUGUCCUUCCGGGAGUUAAACGAAACACUUCAAUGCUUUAAUGAAUAGCAAUUAGGUGACAACAACACUAGCGCGAAAUUUUCCUUUCAUUAUUCCCGGAGAAAACGUUUGAGUUUAUUAAAAGUUUCGGAAAAGUUACUGAGACAACUUCCGGAACUAACAAAAGAAUCUAAAAGAAAUUAAUGGAAGCCUCGAUGUAAUUAUUUAGAAACUUUAAUUUAAGGAAGAUUUUUCUAGACGUAGAAAUGGGUAGAAAGUUUGUGGUUUAAGGGGUUGUUCUCGGGGUUUUGUUGCAUUGACUAAUUUCACUUUCAUCCCUGGGCUCUGUUCGAAAGAUAGAUUAAGAUGAGUUCAGGAUAUAAUUAGCUCUAAGAAGUUCGAAGUUGCAUGUCGUAGGCCUAAGAAAUCGUUCGAUAAUUGUAUCUGUUUGAGCACAUUCCACAA